AUGAGCUCUAUUUCUAUGUUAUGUGAUAGUAUUUUUAAUAAUACACAUCCAGAAUUAUUAUCAUUACAUCAACAAGUAGAAGAAUUUCAAACAAUUUAUCAGUCUGAUGUUGAAGCAAUAUCUAAUAAUCUAAUUGAACAAUAUUCUUAUAACCAAGAAAAAUUAGAUGAAUCUAUUAUAUCAGAUGAAUCUAAUUUAAAUGAACCUAUUUUAAAUAAUGAACAAAUAGAUAAAUUUAAAAAGAUUUAUUAUAAAAAUAAAAUUGAAGAUAAUGAAAAAGCUCAAUAUAAAAAAUUACAAACUACAGUAUAUUGUAAAGAAAUAUGUUUUCAAAAUUUAGUUUUUCAUGAACAUGCCAUUUUAACUUAUCAGAAAUUUCAAAAUUUAAGUAAUAAUGAAAAGGAUUUAUUUUUAUUUGGAAUAUUAUCUGCAACUACUCGACAAAAAACUACUACUACAGGACAAAAACAUAGCAGACUUGCUACUCAUUUUAUUCAACAAGAAAUUAGUCCAAGAAUACAUAAAUUAACUAGAAAAAUUAGUAAUUUUGCUAUAUCAUUUGAACCAAUUUUAAAUGUACUUACUUUUAUAAUUAAUUAUGCAAAUAUUCAUGGUUUACCUUCACCAGAUACUUUACCAAUAACUUUUCUUCCUGCAAAUAAAAGUUAUUCUUCAUUAUAUCAAUUAUAUAUAUCAGCAAUAGAAAAUCAAAAUCAAAAUAUAUUUCAUUUAAGUACUUUUUGGCGUAUUUGGAAUAAAUAUAUUCCAAAAAUUAAAUUUUUAUCACCUCGAAGUGAUUUAUGUUAUAAAUCAAAAAUUAAUUUACAACAACUAUCUAAUUUUUCUAAUUUUUCUCGAUCUAAUGAACCAAAUUCAUUAAAAGUUGAAAAUCAUAUAUCAUGGGAUUAUGCUGAACAAAUAAAAAUACCAUAUUCUUCACAACAAGAGGGAACUAUAUAUUUUAAAUCUUCUUAUAAUAUUCAACUUUUUGGAAUUUGUGAAGAUGCAUUUCCAAUUCAAAAAAAUUAUUUAAUAAAAGAAGAAGAAAGUAUUGGAAAAUGUGCAAAUGCAGUUAUAUCAUUAAUACCUAGAAGAAAAGAGGCAUUAAUAAAGAAACUAAGAAAAAUGAGAACAAAAACUGAUUUACUAUAUCGUCCUAGUUCUCUUGAAGAAAAGUGA